AUGGCUCUCACAAAUCUCUUGGCAACCAGAAAUGCCGUCAAAUUGGAUGGCGUAAGCUUCUUCUCCGGCAAACCAAACCACUUCUUGUCUCGUCGUUGGUCACAGAGGACGAUUCAUAGCAGAGUCCAAACUUCAUGUUGUUAUCGUGAGACGUCGUUGAAAGCUAACGUGACGCCGUUUAUGAUGCCUGAGACAGAAACAAGUAGUGAUAGUGAAGGAAUUGGAAUCGUCCGUUUCUUAAAAGGGAAAAGCUAUUUGGUUACAGGGGCAACAGGGUUCCUUGCUAAAGUGUUGAUAGAGAAAUUGUUGAGGGAAAGUCCUGAGAUUGGGAAGAUCUAUAUUCUGAUGAAAUCCAAGGAUCAAGAGUCAGCCAACAAGAGACUCUAUGACGAGAUCAUAAGCUCGGAUCUGUGCAAGGUUCUAAAGCAAAUGCACGGUAGCUCUUACGAAGCCUUCAUGAAGAGCAAGUUGAUUCCAGUAAUUGGAGAUAUUGGAGAAGCCAAUCUCGGUAUCGAAUCUGAAACAGCAGACAAGAUUAGUGAGGAGAUUGAUGUCAUUAUAAGCUGUGCUGGUCGUACAGCAUUUGACGACAGAUACGACUCUGCCCUAAGUGUCAAUGCUCUUGGACCUGGCCGGCUCUUAAGCUUUGGAAAAGAAUGCAAGAAACUUAAUCUUUUCCUCCAUUUUUCAACUGCUUACGUGACUGGUAAGAAAGAGGGAACAGUAGUAGAGACUCCUCUCUGCAUUGGAGAAAACAUAACUUCUGACUUGAAUAUUGAAUACGAGCUGAAACUAGCUUCAGAAGCUGUAAAAAAGUUCCAUGGCAGUGAAGAAAUCAAGAAACUGAAACAACUUGGUAUGGAAAGAGCUCAACACUAUGGAUGGGAAAACACUUACACGUUCACAAAAGCCAUGGGUGAGUCUAUAAUUCAGAGCAAGCGAGGAGAUCUUCCGGUAGUGAUAAUAAGGCCAAGUGUUAUCGAAAGCUCUUACAAGGAGCCUUUCCCUGGCUGGCUCCAAGGAAUAAGGAUGAGUGCUCCAUUAAUCUUGGCCUAUGGAAAAGACCAGAUUUCUCACAUGUUGGGAGACUAUCAAUCUCAUUGUGACAUAAUACCUGUGGAUAUGGUUGUGAACGCGACAAUAGCAGCCAUGGCAAAGCAUGGUUGUGGUAAUGUCCCAGAGCUUAAAGUUUACAAUGUCACUUCUUCUUCUCAUGCGAAUCCCCUGCGAAUUGGCGAGUUAACGGACCUUUCUCAGCAAUAUCUGCGUGAAUUUCCAUUGACAAAGUCAAAAACAGUGAAAGACUUAGGGCGUAUGACAUUCCACAGUUCCUUAGAAGGUUUCACCUCCUCUGUAUCCAAUACAAUAUCAAAACAGGAAAGGGUGAUUAACAAUGAAGGAGGAGAAGCAGAGUCGCAUACCACACUGAGCAUCAAGGGAAAGAGGAAGCUUCAGUAUUUUGUGUCCCUAGCAAGAACAUAUCACCCUUACUUGUUCUUUCAAGCUCGGUUUGACGACAGCAAUACAAGAAGUCUGAGUAAGGAGUUGUCAAUGGAAGAGAGAAAGAUGUUUGAUUUCAAUGUGGGAGGCAUCGAGUGGGAGCAUUACAUUGUCAACGUUCAUCUUCCAGGUCUCAAAAGGGAACUCUUCCGAGAAAGAUCCAGUAAAAUAGAGUGA